CUACCCCUCAGCGGGCUGCUCCCCCGGCCAAGGCCACGGCCUCGCGGGCUACACCUGCACCGCUGGUCUCACCAUGGAUCUGGAGCCCUGCCUCAGCCUCACUGACUUCCCCCUGCCCCAACCCCUCUCUGGCUUCAGAGGCCACAGCGUACCUCCCUACCCGCCAUACCCUGGCCAGUGCCCCUUCAUACCACGGUCUAACAGCAGUGCAUUACUCACUAACCUGGGGCUUCGGUACUGCUCCACCAACAGUGUGCAGCACCCACCCAGGGGUCCUGACUCUGGGCUGGAGUUGGGGUCAGGGUCAGGCCUGGGGCUGGACCCAGGGCCCUGUUGGAACAUGAACCAAGGCUGUGGAACUAGACUCUACCGCAGCAUGGAGAACUUGAACUGGAGUAAUUCUGUGUCUGUACCAGGCCUCUACUGUUCCCCGUAUUGUGCCCCCUACAGAGGCAGUGUGGACAGUGGGUUCAUCUUCCGCUGCACUGCCACCAGCCACUGGUACGAUGGGCCCUCGGAGGGGACAGGGCCCCAGGGCUACGGUCCUGAGAGCCUGGCGUUCUACCCCCACCCCCGCCUGGGGAGGGGACUAGGGGGGUUGGGGAGGAAGGACCUGCCCCUCUUCCCCCAGUGGCUGUUCCCCGGCGCAGAUGACUGGGGGGUGAACGCUACCACCAAUGGCAGGAAGGAGCUAAGGGAGAAGCUCCGCCUCCAAAGCGCUCGAUCCGCAGCGGAACCCCUGAAGCCUCUUCGACCUCAGGUAACCCCAGGCAGUACCACUCCCAUCCUGAGGGGGUGCUCAGAGAGGGACUCAUCCCCUCACCAGAGGUACGUUGGGAGACCCCUGUAUGUCCGGCACCUCACCAGCCCUGAGAAAAUCAAGCAGGAGGUUCUGAGACGCCUUCAGCUCCGCCGGCAGAACAGCACCCCAAACCUGGCCCUCCAUGCCUCCCUGGAGACCCCUCAGACCCCAGACAUGGCCAUGUCCUUCCCCACCGAGUCCAUCUCUGUCACUGGAAGUAGUGCUGAGCUCAUAGCCGAGCGUAAGAGGCCCCCUAUGGGCCGCCUGCACAUCCCUACCUUCAAGGAGUUUAAGAGGAUGAGACAGAGAGAGGGAGAGAGUGGACAGACAGAGAGCAGGAGUAAUGCUACUACAGUAACAACUAUAGACCAACCGCCAGAGACUGGCAGUGGAGAGACUCCCACAGCCAGCACUUUGCACUCAUCCUCUCCCAUCUUCACUGGCCCUACUCCCCAGCUAAAAGCCAACAUUCAGACCACAGUCUCUAACAAACCUAUAUGCACAGGCCCUACUCCCCGCUCUCCCCUUCAGCCCUCCAGUAAGACCCAGGGGAAGGGGACCAUGUAUCAUACCCAGGCCCAGGACAGAAGGCCUAAUGUGGGGCUCAGUGUGCCUCGGGCCUCCCAGGUCCCCUUCCCUCCUCCACACAGGGAGAGUGCAGAGGGCCCCUCCAGCUGCUGCCCAGCCCUGCUCCUGGACAAGACUGACCUCUCCAGCUAUGGAGCCAAGAUCUACAAGAUGAAGGAUGGGUUCAUCGGCUCCGCCCUGGACCUCAUCAAGAAGAGCUGCAGUGCAGAGAUUGCAGCGGCAGAGGCCCCCGUCAGGCUGUCAGGUGACCAGGACGACAGCGCUAACAUCGCUCCCCCACCAGAUUUUCAAUCCUCCACCGUCUCCAUGACAACCGCGACGGCCUGUGGAGAGGAGGCUUGCGACAAGCCUGCAGCAGGAGGAGGAGAAGAACUAACUGCAGAAUGCCACUCUGGCCUGGGCUGCAGGCGCUCCAGCUCGGACGCAGCCUAUGAACCGGCCGAAUCGGUGAGGGCCCAGCGCGAGUGCCGCCUCCGGCCCCACUACAGCGACCCCAUGCCGGCCGACGCCGCCAAGCGCAAACAGCUGGAGAUGAAGAUCGCUGCCGCUGCACGCCUCCACAGCCAGCGACGGGACAGGGACAUCGCUCCUGCCUCGGUGCGGGUCCGUUCUGAACCCCGCGGUGAAGAGCGUCUAGGGAGUCUGGGUGUGACGCGUGGUGGACAGCACCGCUGGAGCACCGUGAGCAGCCUAAGUGCUGACAGUGGUGUGGUGGGCCUGUGUGACGACCGCGAUGAUGACGACGAACCCCGGAGAGUACACCACAGUGGAGGGGCCGAGGUGGAACGGGUGGACAGCGGGAUUGGACCCUGCCUGGCCCACGGCUGGAAGAGACCCUCUGCCUCUCUCAGGGCCUGGGAGGCCCAGAGACCCUGCCCAGACUGUGGCCAGAGAGACGGGCACGGGGUGGCCCGAACAGAGGGGGAGGGGACCAGUAUGUGUGAGCGCUGCUCCAAGCUGAGGACGGAGAGGAAGGAAGCCAUCUUGGAGUUCCUGAACACAGAGUCAAGUUAUGGGGAGGACCUGAGGAUCAUCAAGGAGGAGUUCUACUGUCCCAUGCAGAGCGCCGGGCUGCUGACCUCAGAACAGCUGACUGUGGUGUUCAGCAACGUUCAGGAGCUCAUAGACGUCAACGAACGCUUCACUGAACACCUGCAGGACAGCAUUGACCAGGCCUUCGACCAGGGAGAUGAGGACCUGCUAACAGUGUGCAUUGGAGAGAUGUUCCUGGAGUUUGUCAACAUGCUGCCAGCCUUCCAGACAUACUGCCUGCAGCAGUCCACCUCUGUCAACAUGCUCAACACCCUGGAGAAGGAGAAAGAACUGCUGAGGAUCUUCCUGGACGUGUCCCAGAAUGACAACACAGCCCUGCGGCGUAUGAACCUGCGCUCCUUCCUCAUGGCUCCCCUUCAGAGGGUCACCAAGUACCCCCUCCUCCUGAGCCGCAUCAGCAAGGUCACCAUGGAGUGCCACCCCGACCAUGGCCGUCUCCGAGAGGCCAAGAGCCGUGUGGAGUCUCACCUGGAGCACAUCAACAUGAAGACCAAGCAGGAAGGAACCCUGACCUGGACUCUGCGUUCCUUUCGCCGCGACAGCCGCAAGAACCGCGAGGUCAUUAACAUCGAGAUGCGGGAGAUGUCCAUGAAGACUGUGGGCUGGGCCAGGGAGAACACACGCUUCGUCAUGGAGGGGCCCCUGCAGCUCUCCCAACCUGCAGACGGACAGUGGGUAAAGAAGGGCAGUAAAGGCCUCAAGUUCCAGAACAUCCAGAGUCUGUUGAUGGUGCGUACGCAGCAGCCUGGAGAGGGUCUGUCUCAGACGGACGGCGAGGCCAAGGUGGAGGAGCAGGAGCACGGCGUGUGGGACGGUGUGCUGGUGCUCAUCAAAGACAAGAGCAGUGGGAAGUUCACCGUGCUCAGAGAGCCCAUCCGCCUGGCCAACUGUGUGGUGUCGGCCGACCCUGACUGCGAGGACACCUUUGAGGUGCUGGACAUACGUAAGGAGGCCUUUGUUUUUAGGGCCUCGGAUAAACCCCGCACCCAGCAGUGGUUCCGGCAAAUCAAGAGGUAUACCCGUGACCUGGGGCUGUGGAGGAAGAGGCGUAAUGCGCUCCCCAAUAUUAUGAUGAACACAAACCAGGGCAGGUCCUGA